AUGGGCGACUUACCCGUGGAAAACAACGAGACCGGCGCGGCUGAAGUGCCAGAAAUCCCCCCUGAAGAGGGCGUCUGGGGCUGGCUGUGUGUCGCGGGCGCCUUCUUGGGCAUCUUUUCUACCUUUGGCUUCUUGAACGCCAUCGGGGUCUUCCAGACAACCUACGAGCAGAUAGCCCUUCGCAACUACUCCGCGUCCAGUAUCGCAUGGAUUUUUGCCAUCCAGCUCGCGCUCAUGUGGGCUCCGGGUCCGUUUUACGGACGCCUCAUCGACACGUACGGGCCCGCACCGGUCCUCUAUCCCUGCAGUCUCCUGUGUGUCUUCUCGCUGUGCAUGACCAGUCUCGCCCGCGAGUACUACCAGAUAUUCCUGGCCCAGGGAUUGGGCUUUGGGAUUGGCGCCGGGGGCGUGUUCUCCUCAUGCAUGAUCUCCGUAGGCCAGUGGCUUGCCCGGCGACGAGGGUUAGCUACAGGAAUCGCCGCCGCGGGCAGCAGCAUGGGCGGCGUCAUCUUUCCCAUCUUCGUGGACCGCGUGAACAGGGACGUCGGAUUCUACGGGGCUGUGCGCUAUACGGCACUGUUCAUGGGCGUCCUCCUGGCCGCAUCUUGCCUGUUGGUUCGGUCCCGUUUCCCACGCAAGACGUGGGAUCCAGACGCCAGGUGGUUUGAGGCGCGGUUGUUCCGACAACCACAGUUCGCUUUCUACACCUUUGGCGUCUACUUUGUCAUGUGGGGGUUGUGGGCGCCAUUCGACUAUCUCCCAUCCAUGGCCUCCCAUGAGGGUUUCUCGCCUACUCUGGCGCUGUAUUUGAUUUCCAUCGUAAAUGCAACGUCGGUUCCCGGCCGUAUUCUCCCAGGCUAUGUGGCGGACUACCUUGGCCAUUUCAACAUAAUCACCAUCUGUGCCCUAUUUACCGGUGGAUCUAUACUGGCACUGUGGCUACCGUUCAACUACCAUGCAUCGCACGCAGGAACCAUUGUCUUCGGAUUAGUCUUUGGGUUCGUGAGCGGCGCCGUCGUGUCUCUGAUGAUGGCUUGUGUAGCGAAAACCGGGCCCCUCGAGACACUGGGCCAGCGGUUUGGAACGUUCCAAAUCGUGAUUUCAGUGAGUUGUCUGACGGGCCUACCCAUCGAGGGCGCCAUUCUGAACCGCCAGCACAACACAGACUUCUCCGGACUGCAGAUAUUUGCUGCUGUAUCGAUCCUCGUUGGGACCGGCUGCCUUGCUCUGGCGACGGUAUUUCUGCGAAGAGAAUGCAAGACGUGGAAGGUCUGA